UAAGAUUAACGUUUGAAAAUUAAGUUUAUGAUUUCUGUAAACUAUCGUUAAAAUGACAAAGUUUAUAAACGCAUCGCAGGGAUUUAGUCUCAAGGAUUUAACCCAAAAAGAUGGUUUUGCUUUUGAAAUCGGUGACGAUUUUGAAAACCUCGACGAAGAGGAAUUUUGUUAUUCUUCGGAUCUGCCGUUGAGUAACGAAGAAGCAUUAAAUCUUCUAAAUAUGGAUGACUUCCAGGAUGAAGAAGACUAUGAUAAUAAUCGCACUACGGAAAAUUCAAUUUCAAUUUGUGGUUUAAGUUUUGAAAAAUUAAAGGCUAAAAUGACCAACGUUACUAAAGAUGGCAAAGUUAUGAAAUUAAUAAAACAGAAGGGAGUUGGAGGAAUUAUACCUUAUGAUGCUCAAGUUACUAUAAAAUAUAUUGCUCACUUUGAAUAUAGUGAUGAACCAUUUGAUUCUAGUUUUGCCCGUGGAGGUGCAGAAACUUUUUGUCUUAAUCAAGGUGCAUUGAUACCAGGUUUAGAAAUUGGUUUAUUAUCAAUGCAGAAACAUGAAAUAGCUAUAUUCAUUGUGCAUCCUGAUUUGGCAUAUGGAAAAUGUGGUUGUGCCCCACGUAUUCCUCCAAAUGAACAUAUUUUGUAUGUUGUACAUGUAAUUGAUUAUUUGGACAGUGGAUGUAUUGAAUCUUACAAAAGCUUGUCUAUAGAAGAGCAAAAGUUAUUUGCAAAUAUUGUCAAGAGAGUACAGGCUAAAUUUAAUACUGCCAAAGAUUGCUUUAAAAAGAAUAAGAUUAAGCAGGCAAUAAGAGAAUACUCAAGAGGAGUUCAGUGGUUAGAACAAGCAGCAUUAAAAGAUCAGGAGGAAGAAGAUGUAGCGAACAAACUGCUUUCAAGAGGCUAUAAUAAUCUUGCAGUUUGUUACAAUUUAGUAAAUAUGCCACGUCGCGUGUGUAAUUCGUGCAAUAGAAUACCUAUUCCAACAUCUAAGACUCAUUUCAAUUAUGGUAGAGCAUUAUUGAAAAUGGGAGAGUAUGAUAGGGCAAUGGAAAAGUUACAAAUUGCUUUACAAAUGGAACCAAAGAAUGAAGAGAUUAUUAAAGAAAUCAGACUGGCAAAUGAAAAGCAAAGAAAGUAUUUGGAAAUGGAGAAACAACUUUGGUCAAAGUGUUUGAAGAAUGAAGACAAACCGAAGAAAGAAUCCGCAUUUGAAAAGGCUGCGCAUGAUAUAUGCGAAGCAUUUGUUCAAGAUAGUGAACUUUUAAGACAACCACUUCCCGAAUCGUUAACACCAGACGAGGAUAAAUGUAUACGCCAACAAGCAGCUGCUUUCGGUUUGGUAGUUACUACACACCAAAGAUAUGGUAGAGAAGUAACAUACCUCAACAAAUUUAAUUACUAAAGUAACUUGUGUGUGUGUUAUAAACUGCAAGAAAUUUUUUUUAUUUUUGUGCUGAAGAACGUCUGAAUUUCAGAAAUUUAAUAUGAUUUAAGCACAUUUUAUUAGUGAUACAUACUACUUUAAUUCUUUUUCUACACUUAUAGUUAAUCAUACAUAUAGCAGAUAUGAAAUUAAUAAAAGAGAUAUCAAAGUGAUAA